UCAGCGCAAAGAGCAACUCUCCCGUCGAAAUGAAUGUUACCGCGUUCCAAAAUGGCCGACCACGGGGAUACAGUUUCCCCGGCAUGUUCCUCUAGCGCUACACGGUCCUACUAACGUCAGAGCUUCGAUUGAAAAGAAAAAUAUAUUCUCUCUGACUCACUCAAAUGAAUUUAACCCCUUCAUCACCCUUUACCACGGCAAGAGGCGCUGAGCAUCAUCGACAUGCUGCGAAAAUAGCGAUCGAGACACAUGUGGCCACUGCGGUGAAACCAAAUGGCGGCGAGGGGCGGCAGGUGCAGGGCUGUCCAGGGAGCAUCAGGAGGGAAUGCAUGCCUGUUCAACAUGUGAGCAAUUCAUUCAUGAACGAAUAUCUUUAGUUACUGGCAUCAACACGUCUUGACAUCUGUCAUAUUGGCUACUGGAAGACACAACCAUUCGGGGUAGUUUAAUUAGUUGUCAUGCAACGCAGUCUCCAUAAAUUGGUUUAACAAAUGAUAAUGAAAGCUGUGCUCCAUCAACAUGGGUGUUAUUUAAUGAUCUCGCGCGCACUGUCUUGACACUGUGUGGACGAGCACGCGGACGCUCUAUUGCGCGUCUCAGCUGUUUCGGGACCUGAGCGCCUUUGCGCUGAUUGAUACACAAAGCGAAAUAAAACUCGACAGGCAGUGGACAUCCUGCCGCAAGGAUUGUAUUUCCUCUCAAUUCUGUUUUAGGUGAUCGGGAGGAACGCGUUGCCAUCAACCGCAACAGAAGAUCAAUCAUUUGUGCGGUUUAAACUCAUAAACCUUUUGCGUUGGAACGUCAAAUUUGGAGAUUUAAUCGACUUUGGUGCUAUCGCUUUGGGACGCAUUCUACACAUCCCCUCAUUAUCGCGCAGCUGUACGCGUUGGAGAUGCGCGAUUGUCUUCAAGGACUGGCUGGGCAAUAAGUGUGAAACCGCUCGUGAGUAAACGACAAAUGCGUGCAUGAAACAUUAAUGAUAGAUGUAAUUAUUUUACAUUGAGAGAUUAGUCUUCAGAAAUAAUGGAAUGAAGGCGCAAAGAAGUAGUGUGUUAUGAAAAAACAAAAUAUUGUGUUGAACGGACUUUGCAAUGAGUUGAAAUGCAUCAUGCGUGGGAAAUUUAAUUCCAUGUCUUUCGAUGCAUAAUGAUGAGCAAUAUUAAUGGCUUGAAUGAAGAAAUCUUGGUUUUGUAAUGAGGGUGCGAAGAAGAGAGAAGGGGGAACUGGGUUGUUCUGAAAGACAUGCGCACACCUCCCAGAAGCUAAUUUAGUAUUGCAGUGGAUUUAUCAGAAGAACUUUGGUCUCUCUCUCUCUCUCCGUCUCCCUCUCUCUCUACCGCUCUCUCUCUCUACCUUUCCAUCUCAGUCGCCCCUGGAAUAGAAUGACUCCUGACGAAAAUGUCUCCCAAACACUUCAGUCUGAAAUAUGAGUCAUGAAUAGACGGCCAGAAAACAGCUGCAGUACUUCAACUCCACAUUUGAAAGAGAAACGGAAGAGGAUGCACGCCAGAGAAAUGGACGAAAAGGAAAUCGGCUUUUCCUGUGUAAUGGAUAUUUGCUGACUUGGCUUUUUGCGGUGCAUCCUUACCUUGGAUUUGAGGUGCUGGGAAUGUUCUAUAAUGUCUCUGUCAAAUAAUUUUUUGUUCACUUGCAUUAACUAAUGAGAUUAAUGAAUGGCUAAAUGACUGAAGUUCAUUUCCGCAAACUGGCUUUGAUCUCGAUUCCAUGAUUCCUUGGUGGCAGUGGAAAAAUUGCACACUUGACAGAAGAGUAGCAAUGCACACAUAAACACUCACACUCUCACACCAAUCGUAAACAAACAAACAAAUCCAAUUGUUAACAUUGUCAUCAUCUCUUGAAUGUGAAUACAAAUUCCCAAUAUGGAAUUUCCUCAUUGCUUUCCAGUACUGUGAUCUCCAAAGCUGAAUUUAACUUUGGGGAAUCUCCAAUUAAAACCACUGACUAUUUUACUCUGGUAACUCAACUCUAACUCGCAACACAUUUCCAUCUCUCCCCCCCACCCGCUCCACGUGGGGGGGAGAGCUUCCUCUUUUGGGGUGAUCCCAGAAGCUUGUCCCGGCUGACGGUGACUGUCAGACAAGUGUCCAUCAGCAUGGAUGCUGGGCAGGGCAGCCCAGAGAGCCCUAACCGGGCAGUGGAGUACCUACUGGAGCUUAACAACAUCAUCGAGAGCCAACAGAAGCUUCUGGAAACUCAACGGCGGCGCAUUGAGGAGCUUGAAGUGCAGCUGGACCGGCUCAGCCAGGAGAACAAAGAUCUGAGGUUGGACCGUAAGCCCUGCCCGCCCCCACCUCCACCUCCCAUCCACCCGGUCCAGCCACCCACUUCCAACGCUGCAACCUCCACCAACAUAUAUGCCAAUCUGAGCCACAACAGCAGGCCCAUCCCGAUACCCAUCCCGGCCCCGGCUCCCCCACCCCCACCUCCACCCGUGCCACCACGGGACCGGCGCGUCAAUGCCAACACGCACACAAGGCUCGGCCAAAGCCUGUCAGCUGGAGCCAAUGCCAUGGAGCGAGAGAGGGACCGAGACAGGGAACGAGAAAAAGACGGUGUCGGUACCAGUUUGGGAAGCUCUCUGCAGAGACAGCCAAAAGGAGACCCUUCCAACAAAGACAGUGUGGAGGGACAUCCCCAGUGUCAGGACACGGCUAGCUUUUCCGACAGCACCUGUAGUCAGGGCCCAUACCUGGGCAACUCGGAGCGUUACGGGAACAUCCGAAACAUUCCUGGCCCUCAGGGGCCUCCAGUGGCCCCUUCAAGCCCAGCGACCCUGGCCUGGGCGCAACGGACCCGCAACCAGCCCGCCAGCCUGGCACUCCGCAAGCAAGAGGAAGAAGAGAGCAAGCGCUGCAAAGCGCUCUCUGACAGCUAUGAGCUCUCCACGGACCUGCAGGACAAGAAGGUGGAGAUGCUGGAGAGGAAGUAUGGCGGUUACUUCCUGAGCAGACGAGCGGCUCGCACGAUACAGACGGCAUUCCGGCAGUAUCGCAUGAACAAGAACUUUCAGCGGCUGCGUAGUUCCGCCUCUGAAAGCCGAAUGACUCGCCGGAUCAUCCUGUCAAACAUGCGUUCGCAGUAUUCUUUUGACGAAAGACAGCCACAGGUUCAGCCCCAGAUGCCCCAGCAGCAGCAAGGUCGAUAUACCAGCCAUCACACUUCGACUCUGGGCACAGCUAGCCAGACAGGAACCACAGACUCACAGCAGGAGUCUGACUCACCUGCACACUGUCCUUCAGACAGAGAGGAGUACUCACAUACAGACGACGCUUUCAACAAACAGGUGACAUCUCUGGCUGACUCUAUGGACGACACUCUGACGUGUCAGUCUGGCCGAGAGGACUCUCAGGAUGGUGGUGAGGGAGGAGGAGAGGAGAGCGAGGAUUUCGGCGAGUGUGUAUGGAGCAGCAAACCUACCUCCCGUAGGGGGGUCAUGGGGGAGCAAGAACGUCUGGGGGUCAUGCACGAGGACAGCACAGCUACCUCGUACAGCGACGUCACGCUUUAUAUGGACGACGGCAUGCCUUGUUCUCCCCUAUCCAUCGAGCGGGUUCCCUCCAGCACCGACACUGAGUACUGGGGCGUCAGCAGUGGGGUCGGAGGACGCGAAGACAGCCGGGAUACAGAGGGCGGCGGGAGCAAUAACAGCCGGCGUAGCACACCAUGCACCGAAUGCAGAGAUUUCCGGUUGCGGGGGUCACACCUCCCCGUUCUCACCAUAGAGCCGCCUAGUGACAGCUCUGUUGACAUGAGCGACCGUUCGGAUCGAGGCUCCCUGAGCAGACAGCUGCUUUACGAGCAGGAGCCUACGGCGGGUGGAUCACCUCAAGGGACUCUCAAACACAACCCCGUCCCUCGCACGCCCAAUCCCUGUGUGGCACAGGGCCAGACACGACCCCCGGGUCGCCCCAUCCCUUCCCCUAUUCCAACACACGUACCACACCACACAAUGAUGCACCACCAUCACCACCCACACCUUCACCAUCCGUUGCACCACCACCCUAUGCCACACAUUCAUCACCCCUACCCAGACCCCACAUCUCCCUCACCCACUCAGCCUCCACUCACGCCACUUUCUUCCUCGUCCUCCGCGCCACUGCCCACUACUGGCCUGGAGCACUCGGAUGGGGACAACGACUCAAUGAACUCUACCACCAACUCCAAUGAGACCAUCAACUGCAGCUCAGGCUCUUCGUCUAGGGACAGUCUAAGGGAACCCUUGCCUCCUCUGGGAAAACAGACCUAUCAGAGAGAGAGCAGGCAUAGCUGGGACUCACCCGCCUUCAACAAUGACGUGGUCCAAAGGAGGCAAUACCGCAUUGGACUGAACCUCUUCAACAAGAAACCAGAGAAAGGGAUCCAGUAUUUGAUCGAGAGGAAUUUUGUCUCAGACACACCUGUGGGCAUCGCACGUUUCAUCUUGGAGAGGAAAGGCCUGAGUAGACAGAUGAUUGGAGAGUUUCUGGGAAACCGACAGAAACAGUUCAACAAGGAUGUGUUGGACUGUGUGUUGGAUGAGAUGGAUUUCUCAGGCAUGGAUCUGGAUGACGCCCUGAGGAAGUUUCAGGCUCAGAUUAAGGUUCAGGGGGAAGCCCAGAAGGUGGAGAGACUGGUAGAGGCCUUCAGUCAGAGAUACUGCGUGUGCAACCCUGCACUCGUCCGCCAGUUUCAGAACCCAGACACGAUCUUCAUCCUGGCAUUUGCCAUAAUCCUUCUCAACACAGACAUGUACAGCCCCAACGUCAAAGCUGAGAGGAAGAUGAAGCUGGAGGAUUUCAUUAAGAACCUUAGAGGAGUGGAUAAUGGACAGGAUAUUCCCAGGGAUUUGUUAGUGGGCAUCUACCAGCGCAUUCAGAAAUGGGAACUCAGGACAAAUGAUGAUCACGUGUCUCAAGUGCAGGCUGUGGAGAGGGUUAUCGUGGGCAAGAAACCUGUGCUUUCUCUGCCACAUCGCAGGCUAGUGUGCUGUUGUCAGCUGUAUGAAGUCCCUGACCCCAAUCGACCCCAGCGGAGUGGAGUUCACCAGCGUGAGGUCUUCCUCUUUAAUGACUUGCUGGUGGUAACGAAGAUCUUUCAGAAGAAGAAGACGUCUGUGACGUACAGUUUCAGACAGUCUUUUCCCCUGGUGGAGAUGCAGGUUCAUAUGUUCCAGAACUCCUACUAUCCUCACGGUAUCAGACUGACAUCAGCGAUGCCCGGCAGCGAGCGUAAGGUCCUGAUUGUGUUCAAUGCGCCGAGCCAGCAGGACCGAACCCGCUUUACCAGCGACCUGCGUGAGAGCGUCGCUGAGGUUCAAGAUAUGGAGAAAUACCGCGUAGAGUCUGAGUUAGAGAAGCAGAAAGGUGUGAUGCGUCCAGGGCUCUCGAGUGGAGAAGGGGGCGGGGUUGGCGGAAUGAAAACUGAAGCUGUGAACGGCACUCUGGGUAGGCCCAGUCUGGAUGACACGUACACAGCAGGGGAGGGGCUUAAACGAACAGCACUUAGCUCCUCACUGAGAGACCUCUCUGAGACAGGAAAGCGAGGCCGUAGAAACAGCGUUGGCUCUUUGGAUAGUACUAUAGAAGGAUCCAUCAUUAACAGCCCUCAGCCGCAUCAACGCUUGCCCAUGGGGGGCACUGUUCCCAGCUGCUAUGGGCUGGAAGACUACCGGCCUCACCGCCCCAUCCUGAGCCCCGGAGUAGGGGUGGGGGGUGGGCCGGGGCAACUUCACAACGCCGUAGGCAAUAUGGGCGGGGUCCCUGGCAUCAGCGAUCGAGGUGGGGGGCCGGGGAGCAGUUCUGGAGGGAGCAAUUCCGGUUCCUUCCUGGGCUCCCUGUUUGGGAGCAAGCGCGCCAAACCCCCUGCUCCCCUUACUCCCCCCGGGCCACAUUACCCGGCCCCCGUGCCACCUCCUACUACAGGAGGGCCGCCGCCUCCGUCCCCCUCCGCCCUCAGCCAGUCAGAUCCAGGUGGGCCGUCCAAGAUCCAAGCGCUGCACGCUCAGUACUGUCACAACAACUUUGGCCAGCCUCCGCCCCCUUACCACCAUCAUCAUCGGUACCAUAUGCAGGCCGUCACCCCUGGCCAUCCACCCGCUAUCCAUCAUAUCCUACAUCGAGGGUCCCUCCCACGGCGCGGGCCACCCGUGCCUUCACACACCCAGCUCCAGCAGCACCAAUCCCAUCAUGCUAUGCAGCAAGGCCGCUACGGCAAUAUGGCCUGCACCCCUCCGCCUCUGUCCCCGCAUUCACCCAAUUCCCCUAUCGCCCCUUUCACCUUCUACCACAUGCAUCCCAAUCCCAUACGCCACGUACGGAUGCCCGGUCCUACCGGCAAACUUCCUCUCACCCUGUCUCACUCUCAGCCCCACCCUCACGCCCACUCCCACGCUCACUCUCAUACCCACAGCCAUCUCGUCCAUGCCCACAGCCCACACCCCUUGCUAGAUCACUCCGCCCAUCCAACUCACUUCGUUUUCUCACCACCCCCUCAGGCACCAUCCGCUAUCACCGCCCGCUACAUACCCCAGGGCGCCGCCCACUACAUCCCACAGUAUCCACCCCUCUCUUCCAUCCCACCUCCUCCACCACAUUCCCCGUUACCUCCACCUUCAUCCCCACAUACCCCCCUCACCCCCCUCACACCUCUUACCCCACUCUCCCCGCUGGCCCCGCAACUCCCAGGACCCAUGGGGGCACAGUCGGGCGGACCAGGGAGCGGAGGAGGAGGCGGAGCCAGCAACAGCAGCACGGUCGGCAGCUCCAAAUCCAAACCUAUCAACCGCAUCAGCACGGUGGUGUGAGAGUAAGUCACAACAGAGGGCGCAGGGGGCCAUUGCGGAGGAGCCGGAGUCCAGGCAAGAGGAAGCACACCAUACUCAGACUCUGUUACUUCCAUAUCCGCUUCCCUCACGUGUAGAGCGGGAAUCCUGGCCGGCUACAUGCUCAUUGCUAGCCUGGAUGGCCUCUUGCUGUUGGCCGCCAAUCAAAACAAAGGCUGUGUAACAGCAUCAAAUCUCCAACUGAAGAUCUAAGAAGCCUAAUGGAGACAAUGGUGAAGCAGUUGAAGUGUAUUUUAAGAGUUUGAGUUGAAAUUGACAUGCAUCGCUGCCAAAUGAAUAGGUUACAGGGAGAAAGGGGGUGCCAAUUUAUGUCGGACGGAUGACCUGGAGUUUAAGAGACCAAGUUUGACCGUACAGAAGUCAGAAGACUAAAAUGGUGAACUCUUUAAACACUCAACAUGGAGACGAAACCGGACCGAUGAGUGCAAAAUAUAAAAGAAAUUGACUUUUUUCAUUCGUAGUCUUUUCGGUUUUCAUGUGUCUCAGAUGACAAUCAUUUCAGGGUCGGUCAGAAAAUGUUUGCUUGAUACAUUCCUCAAAAUUGUCAAAUGUAUUCCUCAGCGCAUAAGAAGGGCCAGCAUGCACUUAGGGGGAUGCCAAACAAUAUGUUUAUCACCUUAAAGAGACUUUUAUUUUGCCUUGUGAGUGAAAGGACAGGGUGGGAACUGCCGAGGAAACUUGCAUCACUACACAGGAAAAAGGUUGGGGGCAUAAUUUUGAAACUAUUUGAAGAAUGUUUUAUAUUUUAUUUUGUUUUUUUGUCUCGAAGAGGCUGGGCAUCCAGUUUGCAAUAAGUCUGUAAAAACCUCUUUUUUGAAGGCCUCAGUGAAGUUAUGAUGUCAUUUGCACCAAACAGAAUGUGUAGAAAGAGAUUUUAAAUUGUUUGGUUGAUAUUUUGUUCUUUUGUUUUGUGGCUAUUAUAUUAAGACAAUUAAGCAUACACACCUAGAUGCAAAGUACACAAAAGAGUCAUGACUAAUAAAUAGCAACCAAUAAUCAGGACAAAGAUCAGCACCUCCUCUACCGCAGCACAUCUCUUUCCCUUUUUUAGCAUCACCAUUUCACUAUUAUUUUCAACUCGUCUGCUAAAACAAUCUCCCCUGACCAAUGAAACAUUUAUAUUUGGCAAUUCAUCACAUAACCUUAGUGCCUACUGUAAAGGUUUGUCACUGGAGGUUUGAGAUCAGUGUGAAACUUUCUCUGGAUGACCUGUUGGAGGAGCAGGGUGUUUGUAUAGAGUGUCAUUGAAAUUUUGAGGUGAAAUCUGUAUGGGCUUGGUUUUGUACAGCUUCGGCAGUCAAAAUGUGUUACAGAUAUCUUAAAUAUUUAAAAAGAACAUCUGGAUAUGGGUGAUUUUAAUGGGUGACUUUAUUACUAUUAUGAUGUCAAAUACUACUGAAUAUACAGAAGAAUAUAAUUCUUGCUAUUUUUGGUGUAGAAGCUACUACUAAUAUAAUUCAUGGAUAUGUUUUAGCAGAGUGCCGUGCUGAGUGUUUUCUAAGAGCUUUUUUUUAGACAGACCAACAGGCUAGGUUUUUUUUUUUUUUGGUGUACAGUUACUGUUUAGCAAACUAAUUGGACUGCUAAUUUCAGGUAAAUGUUUUGCAGCAAGUUUGUAAAACUAUAUUAUCCACAUAAAAGCUAUAUGAUCCGUGUAAAACUCGUUGUUGCCAGAAGCCAUACACACUUGAGCAACUCGCUCUUUUAAUAUUGUGAAUUUAUGCUGAGUUGCAUGUGCAAUGUCAGUGCCCUCUUAUUUUGUUUAUAUGAAAAGCGUGUUUAGGGGACUUGCAUUUAAAUUUCUGUUUUUGCACAUACACAAGUUAAAGAUCAUCAGUGCCUAGGAUCCAAAGCUCUAAUACCAUCUGUGUCCCUCCAAACAGUCCCUUUCUGUGUCUUUUCUCCCUUCUUUUCAGUCCAAAUGGGCUGUUCUUUCUCCAUUAAGCAGAAUCAUACACAGUAUUACGUUAACCGAUGUGUUAGUUAUUUGAGUUAUUUUUAUACUUAAAAAAUGUUAACACAUUUUAAAGGUCCUACAAGGAUGAAGACAUUUUAAAUAAGAUUAUUAAUCUCUGCUGCUAGGCCCAGACAUUUAUUUCUUUUUUAUUUCUUUUUCAUAAUUUUCUUUGCCUAUAUGAAUUAUGUUGAGUCAAACUACAAUACUGUUUAUUCGGGUAAUGGAUUCCAGUACUUCAAAUCUGCUAGCAUUACCCAUAACUGAAAACCUUAAGGCCUUUGUAGCCAAACAGGAACUCCAUGUCCUUAGUCAAAAUAAUGAAUUUAGAGGGCCAUUCAAUACAUUUCACUUUUUUUUUCCUAUGGCCAGAUUUGCUUCUCUCUCAUUCUAAUGCUUUGCUCUUGUGCUUGUAUUAAAAGUCCUGAGUGCUGGGGCAUGCCGAGCUCAAAUGCAAAUAAAGCAGAGGUGUGUGAUGUAAAAAAAAAAAAAAAAAAUUCCAGUAGUUUUUGAGAUGCGUGUUCUGGUUUCUGGACAUGCUAAUGUCUUGUGCCACCGUGCCCCAUGUUGCAUGUCUGCACUUAGCUGAAUGAUGCUGUAUAAACCUGAAUGUAUAUAUUAGUUGAUAUAAAUAUGCCAUAUUUACUCUGCACUGGACUGGGAAAUCAAUAUCUGGCUGGGAAUGGGAACAUGAAACAUUGUUUACAUUUUAAGGACCUGGGGGUGGGGGGCUUGGAACAAGUUGUAAUUGUAAAAUUGUUAUCGGUAUGUGUGUGUAAGAGCAGCUCCUAUAUUUAAAAUUAAUUGUAUGACGUUUUAUUUGUAUAUAUGUAUGAGGUUUCAAUGCAGAAUUAAUUCAGAGAAAUUAUGUGAUAAUUUAUUGCUCUCAUUCUAUAAAACAUGUUCUUGCUGUUGGAAA